AUGCGGAUUGAUUGUGAGACCAUCCCAGACCCUCAUCCGCCACUUGAGACAUCUGAGACAGCGGUUAUAGCCAGUCAGGGUACCCAAGCUUGUGGCGACGAGCUGGUAGUUACUGGAACGUCAGAAGAAACGCCUGAAGACACACAGGAUACCCAGGCAAGAAGGCACGAGCGUAAGGCAGUGGAACCUGUUGCAUCUGCUGGUCUACCACUCGUGGGAAGAACAGAAAACGUCGAAGAAGCAGGUUCUCAAGGAGUUAUGAAUUUCAUCGCGCGCAAGUACUUUCAGACAGUUGACACAACCAAACCUGAGGAACGAAAUGAAUUUCUACGGUUUUUAACAGAUGUGCGCAAAGUUCUGGUCCUAGAUGCUCAAUCAGGAAGUUUGAUAUUGACAGCACUAUGUAGAUCAUUGGAGAUACUGGAUGCCCUGUGGUAUGACUAUUGCACAGGUCACUUGAAUGACAUGGCUCAGAAAUAUCUUGUGACAAAGGACGUUUUGAAGGAGUUUGACUUGACUGAGCUGAAACUGAUAACAACUAUUCAGAGGGAGGAGUACAUUGUUGCACGAGAGUUUUUUCUGCAGAGUUCAGGUGAGUACACAGAAAAUGUUUCGGAGAGCUACACCAUUGAGAAAGUGAAAACAAAAGUUCAAGACAUAGAAGGAACCCCUCCAGAUCAGCAAAAUCUUAUCUUUAAAGGGCGAAAAUUGAAAGAUAGCCGUUGUCUGAGUGAUUACAAUAUUCCGAAAGAAGCGACUCUUCUCUGGGUUUCAAGACGUCGUAGGAGCAUGAAAAUCUUUAUAAAAACAUUGACUGGAAAGACGACCACUUUGGAAGUGGAACCGUCAGACUCCAUUGAGGAAGUGAAAACAAAAAUUCAAGACAAAGAAGGAAUCCCUGCAGAUCACCAACGUCUUAUCUUUGGCGGGCAGCAAUUGAAAGAUGGCCUUUGUCUGAGUGACUACAAUGUUCCGAAAGAAGCGACUCUUUACUUGGUUUUAAGACUUCUUAGUGGCAUGAAAAUCUUUGUAAGAAUAUCGACUGGAAAGACGAUUACUUUGAAAGUGGAACCGUCAGACACCAUUGAGAAUGUGAAAACAAAAAUUGAAGACAAAGAAGGAAUCCCACCGGACCAGCAACGUCUUUUCUUUAAAGGGCGGAAAUUGGAAGAUGGCCUUUGUCUGAGUGACUACAGUGUUCCGAAAGAAGCGACUUCUUGCUUGGUCUUAACACUUCGUAGUGGGAUGCAAAUCUUUGUAAAAUUAUCGACUGGGAAGACGAUCGCUUUGGAAGUGGAACCAUCAGACACCAUUAAGGAUGUGAAAGCAAAAAUUGAAGACGUAGAAGGAAUCCCACCGGAUCAGCAACGUCUUUUCUUUGGCGGGAAGCAAUUGGAAGAUGGCUGUUGUCUGAGUGACUACAAUGUUCCAACGGAAUCGACCUUAUACUUAAGUUUAAAUCCUCGUGGUGGCAUACUCAUCUUUGUCAAGACUCUUACUGGCAAGAUCCUUGCUCUAAAUGUGGAGCCUUCAGAUACGAUUAAGAAUAUGAAACUGAAAAUUCAGAGCAAAUUGGGUAUCCCACCGAGCCAGCAACAUCUGAUCUUUAGGAGGCAAGAACUCAAAGACCACCAAACGUUAGAUGAAUGUGAAGUCACAGACAAAUCUUCUGUACAUUUGCGACUCCAGGACGAACUUGAUAGAAUCCUUAUCAAUGUGGAGUUUCCUAGUGGAAGGAAGAUUUUUAUAAAUGUUUCACCAGGGGAUGAUUUUGAGAGCGUGAGAAAAAUAAUCUGUGAUAGAGAAGGGAUUCCAGUUGAUCAACAACGCCUCAGCUUUGUUGGCAAAGAAGUUGUAGACAAUCACCUUCCUUUGAGUGAGUACGACAAUCAGAUUGAAUUAUCUCUGCAACUGGAUGUGAAACAACAAAAAAAUGAAUUCCUGCUUCAGGUGAAGACACGAUCUGGAAAAACAAAUAUCAAAAUUGAAGCUGUAUCGGGAGAUACCAUCCAGGAUGUGAAAAGGAAAAUAAUGGAAGAGAUUGGAAUACCGCCAAAUCAGCAACUACUUAUGUUUAACACUCAAGAAAUUGAAGAUGAACGCCGCACGCUGGAAAGCUACCACAUCAACAGCGACUCCAUCAUUGAACUGGUUAUUAGAAGAACACAUGGUAACGAAAGGCAUAUUUAAGCGAAAAUGCAGAAUGGUAUAAGAACCGUAAUAGAUGUAUCACCGGAAGAUACCAUCACGGAUGCAGUAGCUAAUCACUUUUGGUGACACGAAACUCGAAGGUGACAACAA